UUUCUUCGUUACGCAUCUACUGUUUCUUUUCCACCUUAAUCUCCGCCGCUGCUUCUACCUUCCACCCCUUUCCUUUCCUUCUCGUCCAAACCCCACCCCCCCUCUCUCUCUCUCUCUGGAAAUCCAAUCUCUCGGCAGGACUGAGCACGAAAUUCCCUCUCCGCUCUCCGCUCUCUCUCCUUGUGUCUCUCUCUGCUAUGCCAGAUGCCAAGAACGGGUUACAGGAAUAAACCCUAGUAGAGGUGGAAGCAAGGAGUAGGAAGGGAUGAACUCAAUUUCUGGCCGAUUCCUGGUGAUUUUCUCGGGAAAAUCCGUCCACCCCCAGAUGGGUUUUCUCCGGGGCGUAGCGCUCGCCGUACUCCUCUCGCUCUUCGUCUCUGCUUCCGCUCAAUCCCAGCAAGGGGACGUUCUCUCAAUGCAAGCCCUGAAGAAGAGCCUGAAGCUCCCUUCGUCCCUCGAUUGGUCCAACUCCGACCCCUGCAACUGGAAACAAGUGCAGUGCAUUAGUGGCCGGGUGACCCGUAUCCAGAUUGGCAGUCUGAGCGUUAGCGGCACUCUCCCCCCCGACAUCCAAAACCUCACCUCCCUUCAGAAGUUCGAGGUGAUGAACAACAAGCUUACUGGCAAUUUGCCCAGUUUCGCUGGUUUGUCUCAGUUGCAGACUCUGCUGCUUCACCACAAUAAUUUCAGCUCCAUACCUUCGGAUUUCUUCUCGGGAAUGACGUCUUUGCAAGUGAUUGAUCUUAGCUACAAUAGUUUCUUGCCAUGGGAGAUCCCCGACAGCCUCCUCAAUGCAACUGCGCUUAAGAAUUUCUCAGCUAAUGGAGCCAAUGUUGUUGGGAAGAUCCCGGACUUUUUUAAUGCUGACAACUUCCCUGGUAUGGUUGAGCUUCAGUUGGCCAUGAACAACCUUGAAGGGGGGCUUCCCUCGGGCUUUGUAGGAUCCCCUCUUCAAUCCCUUUGGUUAAAUGGUCAAAAUGGUGAAACCAAGCUUAAUGGAACUAUUGAGGUGUUAGCCAAGAUGACCCAGCUAGGUGAAGUUUGGUUACAUGGGAAUCAAUUCUCAGGUCCAAUACCUGAGCUUUCAAACUUGAAGAAUUUGUGGUUUUUGAGCUUGAGGGAUAAUCAGCUUACUGGGGUCGUCCCUGAUUCUCUCCUGAAACUCCCAAGCCUUAAAUUCGUAAAUUUGACAAACAACUUGCUUCAGGGGCCAACCCCAGCUUUUGGAUCCUCUGUUACUGUUGAUAUGUCUGAGUUGAAUAGCUUUUGCUUGCCAGACCCUGGCGUUCCUUGUGAUCCCCGAGUUACUACUUUGCUCUCCAUCGUUAAGUCAAUGGAUUACCCAGUUAAAUUUGCGCAGGAUUGGAAGGGGAAUAAUCCAUGUGACACAAGUGAUUCCUGGACAGGGAUAACUUGUAAUGGAGGAGACGUAACAGUCAUCAACUUCCCAAAAAUGGGUCUUACUGGUAUCAUCUCUCCUGACUAUUCUAAGCUUACGUCGCUGCAGAGGUUGAUACUUGCUAAUAACGAUCUCACCGGUACCAUCCCUUCUGAACUCACGAAGUUGCCAAAUCUUCAAGACCUUGAUGUUUCAAACAAUAGGCUGCAUGGUCCUGUACCUGUCUUUGGCAGUAAGGUGAGCUUGAAAACAGCAGGAAAUCCCGAUAUCGGCAAGAAUAUUACCGAGCCGCCAUCAGGCUCUCCUGGAGGAAGCAAUUCUCCACCUGAUGCCAAAUCUCCAACUCUGAGGGGUAGCAAGAAAUCUAGUAUUGGGGUGAUUGUUGGAUCCUUGGUUGCUGGUGUUUUCGGGGUAUCUUUGGUUGGGCUGUCGGUAUUUUGCUUGGUGAGGAGAAGGCCUAAGAAUUCUGGUAAAGUACAGAGCCCGAAUAAUGUAAUGGUUUUACAUCCUCCGCAUUCUGGAGAUCAGAAUGGGGUGAAGAUCACUGUUGCUGGAUCAAGUGGAACCGGUGCUUCUAGUGAAACCUACAGCCAGAGCAGUGGCAGGACUGGAGACGUUCAUGUGGUCGAGGCGAGGAAUAUGGUCAUUUCCAUUCAGGUCUUGAGGAAUGUGACAAACAACUUUAGUGAGGAAAAUGUACUUGGGAGAGGUGGUUUCGGAACUGUAUACAAGGGAGAACUACAUGAUGGGACAAAGAUAGCUGUCAAGAGGAUGGAGUCCUCUGUAGUUUCAGAGAAAGGGAUGACAGAAUUUAAGUCGGAGAUAGCAGUCUUAACAAAAGUCCGCCAUAGGCAUUUGGUUGCUCUUCUAGGAUAUUGCUUGGAUGGGAAUGAGAGGCUUCUCGUCUACGAAUACAUGCCUCAGGGGACUCUCAGUAAGCAUUUGUUCCAUUGGAAAGAAGAAGGGUUGAAGCCUCUUGAAUGGACUAGAAGACUGACCAUUGCCUUGGAUGUUGCUCGGGGUGUGGAGUAUCUUCACAGUUUAGCCCAUCAGACAUUCAUCCACCGAGAUUUAAAGCCUUCCAACAUUCUCUUGGGUGAUGAUAUGCGGGCUAAAGUGGCAGAUUUUGGCCUUGUACGCCUUGCUCCUGAAGGGAAAGGCUCAAUCGAAACCUGCCUUGCCGGGACUUUUGGAUAUCUUGCACCAGAAUAUGCAGUGACCGGGAGAGUGACCACAAAGGUGGAUGUGUUCAGCUUUGGUGUGAUCCUGAUGGAGAUGAUCACCGGUAGAAAAGCACUUGACGAGACCCAACUGGAGGACAGCGUCCACCUUGUCACAUGGUUCCGAAGGAUGCACCUCAACAAGGAAACCUUCCGGAAGGCAAUCGACCCAGUGAUUGACAUUGACGAGGAGACACUGGGGAGCAUCAGCACAGUUGCAGAACUGGCAGGGCACUGCUGCGCCAGGGAGCCCUACCAGAGGCCUGACAUGGGCCAUGCUGUGAAUGUGCUGUCGUCCCUUGUAGAGCUUUGGAAGCCUGCCGAGCCCGAUUCUGAGGACAUUUAUGGGAUUGACCUCGACAUGACCCUUCCCCAAGCUCUCAAGAAGUGGCAAGAAUUCGAAGGGGUGAGCAACUUAGACGAGUCAUCCUCCUCGUACUUGCCGAGUGGGGAGAGCACCCAGACAAGUAUUCCCACCCGCCCAUCUGGGUUUGCCAGUUCGUUCACAUCUGCUGAUGGACGCUGAAGGGCCCAUGAUGGGCAAUAAUUUGAUCGGAUGGUAAACUUUUACACCGAUGGGUGUUGCAUCAAGCUGUGUUGAAUUCUAGCAGCCGGGUGUCACUGUAUUUUGCCCCAUUAGUCUCCGGAGUAGGUCAACUGUCCGUAUAUUAUAUAUUAUAUCUAUGUAUGUGUUAAUUGUGGUUGGACAAUUUUGGCUUAACAUAUGGAGAGAGUGGGAGACAAUUUCGUCAAGUUUAAUUCUUGUUAAUGAAACUUUCUUGUAUCUUUUAAUUAGCUUUUUCUCUUAUGUCGUCGGCCUUCCUUGUAAAUCGAAAAAUAAAAAGGGCUGAUAUGUUUCUCGAC